UGAAAUUUUAUUUUACGACUAUAACUGAUUAGCAACUGUUUUCUGCUGUUAAACGAAACCACGUUUUCGUUUAACAUUGACAGAUUUCCCAAUAGUUCAGUGACGAUCACAUGAAACAAUGAAACCUGCGCCUACAUUUCCAAGAAAGCGACGCUUGACGUCUCGGUCGUGACGUCAGCCACUGUCGUUAAACUACGAUGUUCGAAAUACGUGUUUUCUAUUCAUUUUACGUCCGAAUUCUUUUUAAACAAUUAAAUCUUAUACUCGAAAGUAUCUCGUGGAACUUGAAAUUCGUAGAAACGAGUGACGAGGGUAUUUGACUGGUUUUUCGCGUCGUCGGUUGAUCGUCGACAUGUUGGCACCACUGUCGAUUGAUCGCACGUAUUUUACCCAGAAUGUAUAUCGUAAGUAUAUAUUUAUUCGUAGGUCCCUCUGGGCGAAUGUAAACAGAAUUUUUUCACAAAUAUGAAGUGACACGACCGAUUGAUGUGGCUGGCGUUUGUGAUACCGUGCCGUGAAAUCGCGUUUAUAGUGCGCUCCGCGAGGUUCCGUGUUCGUUGAAUCUCAAAGUGCUUUACGGUGACCAGAAGAUAUAUUCAGCUGGUAGAACGGGUUCGCAUUCGACCGCCCCGUAGUGUAGUUGAGUUUAGUGAAGUGGACUGGAAACGAGUAUAGUGUACAUGGUAGCACGAUGAGGAAUCUGCGAAAACGUUUCGAUCACUCGCUGACGGUGAGUACAUUCUCAGAAAUGAUUAGAUAUUCGAACGAACGACCGUUUAGGACUUUCCCAGCUCUUACAAAAUAUGUCGUGUCGGCCGAUUUCUCCGCGAAACGGAACCCAUGCUUCUUCAACAGCAGAUUUUCCCAAGUAAUCGAUCGCGUUCCAUUUUUUUUUUUUUUUUACAUUUCCUAGACGACACUACAAACUUUCGUACGAAAAUGAACCUGUUACGUGCAUUGUUUUGCGUAUGUAUGCUGUGUGCACGCGUGCGUUGUAUAUGUAAGGCCAGCAUUCAUGAGAUCUCACCAUCAUGCAGGCAGCCAUACGUAUACGUAUACGCACACACAUAUAUAUAUACUUCUGUAUAUACUAUAUAUAUACAUGUACAUAUACGCGAGCAAGACGGAAUACGAGGUAUGAGCAUCUACAAGGAACGCGUUACGUUGUGAGCAUAGGAACGUAUGCUCGUAAAUAAACGAUUGUAACGCUUUCAAUGCGAUACGCGUCUCAAAUAUCUGCAAGAAUGCUCCGUAGUUUAAUGGUAGAACCAGUUGUGUACCGCAUCGUACUAAAUAAUUGUGUAGAAAUACUGCAGCCUAUAUCACAUAUAUAUAUACAUAUAAUAUAUGUACAUAUAUCUAUAUCUGUAUAAUUCUUUCUUUUUUUAUUUUUCUCUGUUUCGCAUGCGCCACGAUCGCGAUGACUGAUUACGUUUUAGAGUUAUCAGCUUUUCCUAUUACUUCGUUAAUUAUUUGUUUUUAGUAAAUAGCAACAACGACGAGCUGUGAUUCACGAAUCUAUUUAAUGGAUAUGUUAAUAACUGAUGGGAGCACAAGAUGUCUUCAACCAAAGCAAGUCUCAAAAGGCUACUACAAGAAAUGUUUCAAUUUUCACUGUCAGAUUCGAAAGGUGCAUCAAGACAUGAUAUUGUUAAAUCUUUGGACGUGCAUAGGAUGACAGAGACUCUGUGUUGUGAUUCAGAGAAAUGUGAAAAUAAAAGUAAUCAUGUAAUAACUAAUACUUGUCUCUCUCAGGAGAAGGACAUUUUUAACAGAAUAGAAAAUGAAUUGCGUGACACAGCAGAAACUGGAGUAAUUGUUAAAUAUUCUUCCGACGUAUGCUCGGUCAAUCACUGUAUAUCUAGAGAAGAUGUUAAUCAGUGUAUUUGUAAAUGUGAUAUAAUGCAUUGUCCGAAACAGAAAAAAAUUGUAAAUAAUUACGUAUGUUCCAAUACAUGCAAUUUGUGGAAAACUCAAGCAAAUAAGCUUUUGCUAUUACCAAUUACAAAAAAAGUUGGUACACAGUGGAGAAAUUGUUUUUGGAGACAAUUUUUAAUCUCCUUUAUUAUUUUAUUGUGUACAACAUUAUGCAAUGCAGAUCCAAAUCAGUGUGCAGUUGGCCUCCAAACACCUGGAAGAACUUGGCCUCAAGGUGAUAUUGUUCUUGAACAUUGUAAACCUCCGAAAACACAUUGUCAACCUUUAAAAAUACUUUGUAUAUUGAAUCAAACAUUUGUGGACAAUAACUUUCGUGGAAAAAAUGCGUCAGAUCUUGUAUUCUUUCGCAAUGCAAGAGAAAUGGAACCAGAAUGUAUUACAAUUGUUAAUGAAACUACAAUAUCAUUGGAUGUAGAAAGCCCCCCACCUGCAGAAGACAUGUAUUAUUGUAGACUGAGGCUAGAUAAUGAUAAAAACAAACAAUAUACAUCAGUUUGUUUAAACAAAGUUGUAGUUGGAUUUAAACCUGAAGAGCCAGAAAAUUUUACUUGUAUAUCUCGUAAUUGGGAAAAUUUGACCUGUACAUGGGAUCCUGUCCAGAACUACGUUACAACAAAAUUCACGCUUGUGUUCAAAUUGCCGGGAAGAGCAGGUGGGCGAAUGUUAUUUCCAUGCCCAAAAGAACCUCAAAAAACUCAAAAACCGAAUACGUGUUUUUGGGAUACAACUACAAACCCAAUUUAUCGACAACCUUACGAAAACUAUACGUUUAUACUCACCGCGGAAAAUGUGCUAGGAAACGCCAGUUUCGAGUAUAAAUUUCAUCAUUAUGCUCACAUUAUUCCUGCAAAGCCGGCUAAUCUGUCAGUUAUUAAUAAAACAUCCGACAGUGCAUUAUUAUACUGGAACAUACCUUUUCCAAUGCAAACUUUUCCACCUGGUUUACAUCAUAGAAUAAUGUAUCAAAACCAGUGGGAUCAUCAGAAAGAUUGGGAAGUAAUCGAUAUUACAAAUGAUAAUCGCACGCAUAAGAGAUAUUAUAAUUUGACUGGAUUAAAGUAUGCCAACACUGGCUACGAUGUACGAGUUUUCAUGAAAAGUGCUGUCGCGACAGGGGAAGAUAAAUGGAGUCAGUUUAGUGACGUUACUUUCAGAACGUCGCCGAAAUUACCCGGUCGUCCUCCAAAAACCGAUAUUGGAAGUUUCGAAAUAGCGGAAAAUAGCGCUAACAGAGACGUUUAUUUGUAUUGGCAAGCUAUACCAUCAUAUCUAGAAAAUGGUGUCAACUUUAGGUACGAGAUUCGUCAUGUGAAAGAGAAUGGACGAAAAUUGUCGCUUCUUCCAAAUGAAACUACAACAACCUAUAUUAAAGUCAAAGUCAGCCUCUACAGUCAUACAUUUGAAGUCAUUGCAAAAAAUAUUGUUGGAGCAAACAAGGAACGAGCUACAAUUUUUGUUCCUAGUCGAAGCGAAACACCCCGUGAACCGAUAGCAUUCACAAAAAUUGCGUUUGAAAAAGGCUUGCACGAGUUAUCCUGGAAGCCACCUAUGAAUACAGAAAUCACAAAUUACACAAUUUUUUGGUGCGAUAAUGUACGCGAUCGUCCGUAUCAGUGCACUGGUUACCUAGACUGGGUCCAUGUAUCGAAGAAUGUAACAGUCUACAAUAUGACAGUGCCGGAUCCUGACAAACUUUACCAAUUUGCGAUUUCUACGAAUACGAAUAAGGGAAGUAGUGGAAUGGUAUGGGCUUCGUGUACCGUAAUUUAUAACAAGGAUAUCGGAAAAAUGAAAUCGGUGUGGAUAAAUGGUAUUGGCUCCGAUUUUAUCGAAGUUAGGUGGAAUUUAGAGUGUUCGGAUCGCAUUGGAAUCGUCGAGGGAUUCAAUAUUUACUACUGCCCUAUUGUUUCGCCAUUGAACUUGAACUGCAAAGGUGCGAAACUGAAUACAACGAUAAAAGGAGAUCGUCACACUACGAACGGAAGAGUGUACAAUUUGAAACCGUAUACAACGUAUAUGCUGGCUGUUGCUAUUUUAACAAAAAGUGGAGAAGGAGUGCACGGUGAUCCUUUAUAUAAUACAACACUUGAAGCUGCACCAUCAACUCCACCGCAAGAUGUUAAAAUUGUUAAUGUGACGAACACGACAAUGUUCAUCACGUGGAAACCACCGGAUGCAAUGAACGGUGUAUUGCGAUACUACAAGGUGUAUUAUAAUAAAGAAGUACAAAAAGUCGAUGAAGCAAAUCACAUCGAAUUGAAGGGUCUACUAGCACACACGAAUUACAACAUUAGCAUAGCAGCGUGUACUGUAGCUUGCAGUAUAGAGUCACCUAUAAUCCAUGAAACCACGAAGAUUGGAGUACCGGGGAAAAUGAAUGUGCCCAAUGUGCGCUUCGUGAAUUCUAGCCAAGUGAUCGUCAUAUGGAAUAAACCUCAAUACUCAGCUGGUCACUUGAACUAUUACGAAAUAUCUUCGAGCGAUGGUGAAGUUCAAAAUAAUACAAGAACAGAAGCUCAAUUACCUAUUCCUGAUUGCAAGACUGUAGGACGAGAACGACUGUAUCAAUUUCGUGUAAGAGCUGUUAAUAUUGCGCCGGGUAACGUACAUUUAAAGGGUCCAUGGUCUGAACCUGGUGAGGGAAAUUGUUACAGUGAUGGACCAUCGUUUAGUGUGUGGGUAAUAUGGGUGAUAGGAGGCAUUACUAUUCUCGCGAUUCUCCUUUGUCUUGGACACGUGUUAAAGAGAAUGUGGUUGAAAUGCAAAGCUAUGCAAGACGUUGAAGUGAAAUUACCACCGGGACUGGCACCGAACAUGAAACUUCUUCAGAAGGUUGGUGAACAACACAUACGACAAUCUUCUGCUGAUUCAAGCGGUUGUUCCAGUGGACAAGAAUCUGUUACCUCGUCUCUCACGUCAGAUUCUCAAGUUUCUAGUGACAGUGGUACCGAGAUAGAUCCUAUGCCAGUGUCACCCAAUAAAUUAUUAGAAACUUUACCAGCUUGGGAAUCUUCGAGUCUGCGUCAAAGAAAUGUUGGAAUUACAAGACCAGGAUUUACAACAGAAACAGCGCGUUGGGAACCUUAUGUGAAGGUUGCAAAGUCUGGGGAGCCCAUUAUUGGAGACACAUUAUCCUUGGCGCGAUCCACGCCAAAUUUAACCGACAGUACAGGCUGUACGACUUCUCAACAUACUUGGUCCUCGACUGGUUACAUCAGUAUGCCAUCGUCAGAGGAACUGUCGAGCAAUCCAAGCCCUGUUUCUAAAGAAACUUUAACUACUGGUGGCUACAGCGUUAUAGGCUCGGUGCCAAAGCCAGUGAAAUCAAAAUCCGAAGAUGACAGUGAUCUAACGGAAUCCACAGCGGAUACGCUGAUACCCAUUAAAGCGGAAACUAAACCUAUUAAUCCAUAUAUAACCUUAGCCUCUUUGGAACAGAAACAAAAGGACAAGAAAACAAUCGAUGCUUUGGGUGAUUUAGAUGAUUUGACGUUUACCGAGACGAACAAAUCAAAACUGGAAUCCUUAAUUCCAUUCUCUACUUCUGAUAAAACUUCCAAACCGUAUGUGCAAACGGGUUUGAUCGAUCCAUUGAAGAAAAAACCGUUCACUUUAAGCGGUAUUGAGGGAGGUGGAAGAAGUACGAUAAUAUCCACUCCAUUCGCAUCAACAUCUCUGACUGACUCGUGCAACAAACCAUUCGUUUCCUCUUUCGCGAGUCCAAUGUCAUUGCCCUCCACGUUGGAUUCUUCUUCGAAACCGUACGUUUCCAUAUCCUCGAUUCCCGAGGUUUCGAAAAAGUCAAGUUUCCAACCGACCGUAUCGGAGCCUUCGCAGAAGUCCUGUGUACUUCAAGCGUCUACGACUGACGGAUCGAAGCCUUAUGUUCUAGCGAGUUCCGUGUUCCAAAUGUUGCAACAACAACAAGUGGGGAAACCAGAAGUGUCCAUUUCGGAAGCGAUGGAGAAUCGAAGUGACGAAGAUUCUAUAACGACGUAUCCUUUGUGUUGGCAGACUGGUGGUACAAAACCAAGUUCGAAGUUAGAUCCAGAGAAGCCUAUUAUUACGGCCAAACAGAGCACUGGUUACGUUACCAUAGCGGAAAAUCCAAAGCUAGAUCAACAUAGAUCGUCGACAGUCUCGUCGCCGUACGUGCAGCAUGAAAGGUUUGAAAAACCACUGCCACAGAACACCGCCGGACAGUCAGACGAACAAUACAGUAAAGUGACUGUUGUGCCAAGUACUGUUCAAUGAAAAGAAGAGAUGCGAAUGUAUCGAUUCUGGCAGUGAGCUUGUACUUGUCGGUUCGUAUGAAUUUCCUUCAACACAGGAACCUCUUCCUAAUGAACUAAAGUGGUGCAAUACGAUUUAACGUUUGUAGGUGCUUUCGAAAUAUAAUCGACAACAGUAAGCUCUACAUUUGUUUUUUAUGAGUAUAGUAUUUAGAUCGAAGACUUGAAAAAUACGAAAUUGAAAGAAACUGUGCGUCCUAAGGGAGGUGGACAUGCUAGUGUCUAUAUAUCUACGGCGGUGUGUUUUCCGGGAUCUUGCGCGAAACAGCAUGACUCGAUGUCGCAUUACGACUGAAAGCGUAAUUAAAGAAGAAUAUCGUAUACAACGAUACAUUCGGUAUGAGGACAUAUCGAACAGAAAAUAACCUCAUUUGUGAAAGUAUGUACAAAACGAAUUACUUUUAUAUUGUAUAUCGUGCAAUGUGAUGUAAGAAUCACUAGCAACGCCAUAGCAUAAGGAUACAUAGUUUAAGUAAAUUAUGUGGCAUACAUUCAUUGACAAACAGCUUGUGUCGGAACAAUCAAAUUUCUUUGCUGACUAUCUAUGGCAGUAAAACAAUUAUCAUUGUAAAGUCAAUAGUCAUUUAAUCAUUGUGAAGCUUUUAAUCAACUCUUUGUGAAAAUAUUCACGUUUCGAAUACGUUCAAAACAAAUCUAAGAUCUUUCAAAAUAUCUUUAUUCAAAUAUCAUGCCGAGAAUGCAUUGCAAAAACAGUUACUUGCAAUUUUGAUCUUUUUCGCGGUUAGCGUAACUAAAACAGAAAUUUUUGAUAUUCGAAUCAUUUGUUUGUUAAAGCCGUGGAGUACGUACAGAGGUUAUAACGAUUUUUGCUGAACUACAUUCGUACGCGCAAUUUGUUUAUCUGUAUAUAUAAGUUACAAAUCGUUCCUGUAGUAUUUUACUAUCGCUAGCAAUGAUUGACAGAAAAUAUACAGUAAAAGGAAACUAUGAUAACGAGUACAGGGUCAAGGAUAAUAAGAUAAGGAAAGACUAAUCAAAGUGGAGUUCUGAGACCAGUUAUAUUUUGCAUGUUUCUUAUGUAUUUCGAUAUCUGUUGAAAAUUUAGACAUACCAGAAAACAAACGUUCUAUAUUGUUUCCGUUUUAAUAUCUUUGCUGACUUCACUGCAAAUUUUUAGUGAAACUACAAUCAUUUUUAACUUUUAUCAGCAAAUAAAUUGUUUUAAACGUUGUUAUUUUUUGUUCAAAGAAAGGUUAUUUUAAGGACACAAGAUCAUUUGUACAGUUUAAACGGACUAUUUUGAUGGUCAGCAAAGUUGAAUGAAUUUGGAAAUACUAGAAUGUUGAAGAAGUGCUGGUACAUCAAUUGAAUACUAUACUUUACAGAAAUUUUAAGGAACUAUGCAAUGCCAUUGAAUCAUUUAUGCUAAAAAAAAAAAAAAAAAACAAGAA